AUGGACAUACCUGACGUCUCCACUCUGGUUCUUAAUGAGCCCGGUUCGAGUGCUCGCCCCGCUCCGAGCAUCUCGGAUGACAUCCUGGGAGGCGAAGGCCGCUACAUGGAGAAGUUGCGCAACUAUGCAGAAUCCUUGCCCUACUCGAUUGAGCCGUACUCCAAGAUGCUCGAGCUACUUGACUUGAUCAUCUUGCGCAUUGCACAAUGUGUGGAAGCCAAGGACUACGACCCGGGACUGCUACAAUGGGAUAGCAUGUUGACCUAUUGGUCCAUGCUAAAGUAUCCCAUCCCGAAAGAGAAGAGAAUCGCACUUGCGAAGCUUUACUUCCAUGUGUGCACUACUCCCGGUCUGCCGUACAACGUGAUCGCAGCCGGAUGCGACGCGCUUCACAUGUUGAUGAGGUCCAAGAAGAAGUUGUCCAUUGACGACGUGCGGCUGCCUUGGAAGCCCAUAUUCAAUAUUCUCAGCAAGGACUUGUUCCUGACGAGACGACAGUUCGAGAUCAGCCAAACGUCAUGGUACAUGGGGUAUAUUGCUGAGAAUGUCCGGAGGUUCUUCCAUCCCUCCGCCAUUGACGAGAUGCUCGCCACCUUCCUGCCCAUGAUGAGGGCCACCAGCUUGAGCACCAUGUUGGCUUCUCAGUAUUAUAUGCUUACCUUUCUACCCAUGUCUCACCCUCAGUCAUACUUGCCCAUGUUGUUUCGUCUUUGGGAGUCGAUCAACUCUUACAUGUUUGAUGAGCGGAUGUUGCAUUUCUUCUCGAAACUCACCGAGAUGCACGUUGAUUCAACGGUCAGUGACCCUGGCCGAAUUGAGUCAAUUCCGGACGAUGCAAGAUCUGAGGAUGAAGGGAGACCACAGUGGGAGAAGAAGGACCUUGAGAGCAAGUGGAAAUGGUCGGGGAUAUACUCGGACGUCGGUAUCUUCACUGAGCACAAUUGGAAUUUUAUCAUGUCCAAGUGCUUAGUGUCAAUGGAAAUCCCGCUGGCUGACACGGGAUCCCUUACCACUGGACCCAGUGCUGACAACCAAGCUGGUUUCGAAAUCAACAGAUUGCCGAAGCCUAAUUGGAGGAUUCCCUCGCUUGCCCGAAUCAUCGUAUAUUCUAUGGCACCCGACGGGGUGCCCAGCCCUAACUCGGCUGCCCCAACGCCCACAUUUACGCCUUUUGCUUCAAGGUCGGCGACACCGCUUCCUCAGGUGAAUGGCGGUUUGGGGGACUACCUCUCUGCGUCUCUCGCUCGAGGUAUCCACUCCAAGGCGAAGAUGUAUCUUGCUGGCUGUAAAGCCCUUGACUCCUUGGUGAAGAUGAUUGCUUCUACAGAAGGCUUUUUCCAUCCCACAAAUUCAGGCAGUUGGACAGCUGAUCUAAGCGCGUUCAUCAAACACGUUGUGUACGAGUUCAACAAACGCUGGUAUGAGGAACAAGAUAUAGAAUGCAAGACACCUCUACAUCGCCGGUUGACGAAGGACAUGAAGCGUGAACUGGUGAAGAGUUUGAGAACAGUCACCCUUCUAGCGAUGUUUUCUCCCGACAGCACUACGGUCAGCAAUAUACAAAGUUGUCUGAAGUCCAUGAGCGUCAUGGAGCCGGAUCUUAUUCUGCCGCCGAUUUUGGAACGGGCGGGACCAGCACUCGAAGCCGUAGUAGAGACGCAAAGGACGAUCGCGAUAAUAAAGGCCCUUGGAGCCGUCGCCCCCGCGCUGGUAUGCAGGCAUGUUUACUACGGCGGCGCGAAGCACUUGCUACCGAUCAUGGAACUGCUUCUACCCGGCAUUGAUCUUAAUGACCCUCCAAAGACUUUCUGCACCACCGCAUUCAUCGUGGAGAUAGCGCAAUACAUCAAAUUUGCAGAAAUGAGUCGCGAAGAUAACAACGUUAUGCCUAUCGACGUUGAUAUGGGUCGGGCAGCUGCAGACGUCCCAGCUCUGGAAAUCACCAGUCUUCCUUCCACGUUUGACUUCAGCGAGGAUGUUCCCAGGACCAAAGAAGAAGAGGAUGCAAUCCUGAAGAAUGUCUCCGAGGGCUUUGCGGAUUGGGUGGCCGCAUUCCUACGCCGCGUCAUCCUACUCUUCGAAAACCUGCCUGAGGAGGGCGCAAAUGGCUCUGCUGGUGGCACCACGGAAGUCCAAUUGGUUGAUUCGGUAUGCGGCGCAUUCAGUCAGAUUUGCGUUCACCUGUCAGAGCCACUUUACGAUAUGGUUUUGAACAUGGUCUUCGACUAUGCAAGCGGCAAUGUCCGAACUAACGCAGUUCGCGCUAUUCACUCGCUUGUCGAGUGCGUCGCCAACGCAAAUCAGGCGAAGACGCUCGCGAAGUUUGUCCCGUAUUGUGAUCGCAACAUUCGGGCAGAACUCGAGCACGGAGCCAGCUCUCUCCGGACUACUUCAUCAAGCUCUGUUCCCUUACCGUCGGAUGCCACCCUUCAUUGGAAUUUGGCCAUCCUACGAGCGAUGGCUCUUCCGUAUCGGGAGCAGUUGAUCGCACUGUUUAAGUUACUUCAUCAGAAGACCUUCUCGAAGCGCGGCUUUUCCUCCAGCGGAAAGCUUGUGUGCAGUACAUUGCUCACCCUUACCCAUACGUACCCGCUGGAAAACAAGUUCGUGAAUCCUGACGAGUGGUCGAGUGAAGACUUCAAAAGGAAUCACUACAAGUAUUGGGGGAAGUUGUAUAAGCCCGAAGAUGUCAAGCUUUUGUGGCAUGUGCCUUCGACCGAAGAGAUCGAUUUCACGCUGCAGAUUUUCCGCGAAGUUGUCGAGCCUGUUCUGGAAACUCUGGAGGGACUGAUAGGAUCUGGUAAACAUCUCAGUUUUGUCCGUAAUGCUUUUUCGGGUAUACCUACGCUGGUCAAGGAAGUGAUACCACAAGAGGAAAUGCAAAGUGCUGCAGAGACAAGCGACAUAUUGCACGAGAUUCCCGAAAUGAUUGCCCCUGUCGAGCCCCUCAACGCUGGUUUCGCUCUUGAGGAUCCUAGUGAUCCUAGACAUCAGUAUAUGACCACCGUCAAGCGUCGUUUCGGUCAUUUUCUGCAUAGGGCAUCACAAACACUGAGGCAACAAGGGGAAGAGAACACAGUCGACGCUGUCCACAUGCUUAUCCGGUCAAUAAGGACGUAUAUGCUGGAGUACGGGGAUAGCAGAGACAACUAUUACCUGCAUCACGAGCGCUACACAAAUGAGAUGAAUGUCGCCCGUCAUUAUGCAAAUCAGAAAGUCUGGCCCCGGGCUCUCUAUGUGCGACGAGCAAGAUACUACCAUUCUGCGCGUUUGCGAUGGAAUUCCAUUGAGCGUCGGAGGAGCAGCUUGGAAGAUCAUCUAAUUGACGACCUCGUUGAGUGGGCUAUGUGGAACUAUGUGACUGGUAUGACAAGCCAGACAUUGUUGGAUAAUCUAUGCAGCAGCUUUGACGGAGUAAGACGACGCUGCUUGCCGAAGUUGUACAAAGCGCUGGAGCCCGGUACAGAGGAUGACCGCAUGAAGGGUGCUUUAUGGACGCUCAAUUCCAACGUGUUCGACCCCACAUUGGCGACGGAGUUGAUCCAGAGGCUAUUCGACUGUCAGCAUAACGAAAGGCCAUCUAUUCAAGAAUACGUCUCCGCUCUUGCAGAAACCUGUCUGAAUAGCUUUGGCGAGCCAUGCUAUACGAUGUACCAGAUUGACAUUCCAAGGGUUUCUCGUGCCGUGGAAGAUCUGAAAAGACUUCUGCAAGCAGGUCAUGAGAGCGAGCUCACAGUGCAGCGGUGUACAGUGCAACGUGUCGAACGGUUGAAGCUCACAGAUGCCGCCAUUGCAGAGACGACCCGUGUACUCCUUGAUAUAGCAAGUUCACCCAAGAUUCAUUGGCGCUACGCCAUCAUCGCCGUCAGAUGCCUAAGGACAUUGAUCAGACGUGAUAGUCCUAUGUUACCUUCGCAAGUUCGUCUUCUCCUCGAGAAAACGCAUGACGCGCAUUCUAGCAUAUAUGCUCAACGCGCCGUCAUGAAAAUUUCCCGAUAUAUUAAAUUGCGCACACUUGCUCAUGGACCUGUCGAUCUCGUGAUGGAACAAAACCACAAUCCCCUUAGGCGAACAGUAGAGAUCAAGGAGCCCAGUCAUUCAUUUACGUCUCAAUGGAUGGCAGAAUUCAAGGUGCCUGUGGAUACUCAAAGAGCACAGCGAGAGCCGUCAGUAAAACGACCAUAUCGCUCGGAUGAUCCUCUCACUCAGUUCAACAGGAUGAUUCGCGACAAAAUCUCAAGCGGUUGGAUUGCUUGGAAGGACACUACCGACUAUUUCUUGCUCCCAGAUACGCACCAUUCUACUUUCCCGUCUUGGGAAGAGGAAUCUCAGCCAGCGGUCAGCGCGAUUCGUACCAUGGUCACAGAUGAGUCAUACUGGAAGAAUUUGUCCACUCACUAUUCUGCGGAAAACCACUCGGAUGAUAUUUCGCAAGACAAUGCGUCCUGCGUAAAAUCAAUAUUCCAAUUAUUGGAAGAUGAGCCAUUUGAAGCUCUCAGAUCGACCUUGGAGACAUUGCUAGCCGACAAAGACAAGAACAAGCAACGUGCAGCUGCAGAUUUCCUUGCAGGCCUUUUCGCUGGAUCCAAGCAUUGGCCGCUAGAAAAGCAAGCAAAACUCUGGGAGUGGUUCAAACCGCAUAUGCACACUGUCUUCGGUCCGAAGAGUAACGACACCCUGCCUAUCUGGACGUCAUUCCUCGAGUACGUUUUCUUCAACAAGGAUCCACGAAGAUUGCAACCAAUGGUGGAUCACAUUGUGGACGACUUCAAGAAUGUUGAUUUCAACGGGGAGUCGACACAUGAGAUUGUGGAAGUCUUGUGUUUCUUCCGCGCUUUCUACGAAGAGCUCGGCUUGAAGUUCGUGCCAUGGGUGGAAGAAACAGUGACGCGGUGUUGGGAAGAAUUGAGUCGAACAGAGCACGACGACGUCUUGGCAUACUUCAGCGAGAUCCUUACAUUCAGCGGGAAGGCACUAUGGCGCCCCAACCCGUCGGUACCAAAGGCAGAGGUGUUCGUGAGAGAAUGUCGUACACUUCCUUCGGAUUACGACAUCAUGGGCAUCCGGAGUAAAUAUCACGAAACGCGUGUGCUCAAGCUUGUCGACGAGUUCCCUCUUUGGCGUGACCGACGUCUCCCGGGUGCACGCGCUUUCCUGUCUACUUAUGACAGGGUUGGCGUACUCGUUUGCAAGUGGCUUUUGGAGAUCGUCCACGACACAAACUCGAUCACCGCCUUCGACUAUAUUCUUCCGCUCAUGGUAAUAAACGAUAACGAUGACCUUGCCCGUCGCGCGCAAGUGCUUCUGGUUCGGAUGUGCGGCGUUACUAUCCCUCGCCCAUUAAUCAAUCCUGUAUUGGAUGCAAUUUUCUCGGCCAUUCAAACAUCACCCUCUUGGCGGGUGCGACUCAAAGUCCUCCCUCUCGUCCAAGUCUUCUACUUCAGACAGUUCCCCGUGAUUAGUGAUGCGAAGAUUAUCGAGUUGGUUGAGGUCGUUUGCAGAUGUCUAGAUGAUGAAGUGGUCGAAGUACGAGAAAUGGCUGCGACCACGCUCUCAGGCAUCCUGCGCCUUUCACCUCGUCGCAGCGUCCUGCAGUUGAGGGAUCGCUUCAUUCGCCUUCUGAAGAACAGCUCCCUUCCCGACCGCAAAUCGCCUGCAUACAACUCCGCCUUGCGCCAACGCCACGCUGCGAUUCUCGGUAUAUGCGCUCUCGUUGACAGCUUCCCGUACACAGUCGAGCGAUGGAUGCCCGAUCUCCUCACCAAUGUGUUAGCAGAGCACACGUAUGACCCGAUCCCCAUCUCGACGACGGUACGGAAGUGCGCCAGCAACUUCAAGAAGACGCAUCAGGAUACCUGGCACGAAGACUGCAAGCGAUUCACAGAGUCGCAGCUCGCAGCGCUGUCGACUCUGCUCACUGGCUCGUCAUACUUCACCAGCCUUUGGAAUGUAUCUACACUAUAUUCACCCCUGCAAUUCCCGUUUACAAGUUACACUGUCUGA